AUGAGUAUAAUGACGUCAGGAUCGAAUUCGAAAUUUAUCAGAGAAGUGAAAGUAAAUGGGAUACCAGUUAAGACUUUUAUAGACCUUGGUAGUGAGGUCUCGCUUAUGCAACAGACUUUGGCAUCUUCUCUCGGACUUGCUUGUAGUUAUCCUCCUAGACUCCUUAAGGGUUUUGGAAACAAUGUUAUUAGCUCCAUUGGUGGAGUUAGGGUUGAUCUGUGUGUUGACGAUGCUAUGAAAUCAGCGCUGAAGGCGUACGCCCUGGAGAUAAGAAAAUUCGAUGUGUUCUCGACUUUUCCUGUCCGACCAAUCCGCAUUCUGUUCGCCAAUUUUUGGGUAUUUUUGUGUGUCAAGAUGGCUCAAGUAUGUGACAAGGAUGUUAAAGCUAUCAGAGUCUGGCUUGCGAAAGAACCACAUUUGCCGAAAAAUUUCGAGGACGUAACAAUCAAGAAAUUCCUCUUCAGUUGCAACUGCAGCUUAGAGAGAACCAAAAAAUGCAUUGACGAGUUUUGUACGCGGAGAGCCCAAAUGAUCGAGGUUUUUUCAAACAGGGAUCCUUUAGCAAAGGACAUUCAACACGCUUUUAUGACUACAAAUGUCACAUGCUACAUGGAUGGAACUGACGAGAUUCUGAUACACGAGCUAAGGGUAGCACCGAGCGAAUACGACUUUUAUGCUUUUUUGAAAGCUUUCUCCUUACAAGCCGAUGAUUGGAUCGAGCGCGAACGUGAAGUCUUACCUGAAAACCAUGUAGUUAUAUUAGAUAUAAAACUAUACACUCUAAAACUGGUGGCCAAAUCAAAUAUAUUCUAUUUUCAAAAAUUUAUUCUUUUCUUAUUGGAUGCCAUGCCAGUUCGGUUGAAACAAGUUCAUAUUAUUAACUGUCCGUCGUUCUAUGAAUACUUGCACAACUUGGUUAAGCCAGCGCUACCUGAUUACAUUUGCAAUAUGAUCCAUUUCCACUCAGAUCAUACAGGUUUAUACACGUUCAUAAAUAGAGAAAAUUUACCUAAGGACUAUGGUGGGGAUUGUCAGGAUAUGGCUGAACAAAAUGCGUUUUGGGUGAAACAAAUUUGUGAAAACAGAAAAGUAUACCUGGAUGACAACUUCUGGAAGGCAGACCUCGGACAAAAAGUGAAAUAUGUGGAAAUUAAACACGAUUUUGCUAUCAAGAUGUCUCAAGUAAGUGACCGGGAUGUGGAAACCAUUAAAAACUGGCUUGCAAAAGAGACACAUUUACCGAAAAAUUUCGAUGAUGUAGCAAUCAAGAAGUUUCUCUACAGUUGUCACAAUAGCUUGGAGAGGACCAAGAAAUGCAUAGAAGAACAAUGUAUGCGACGAGCCAAUAUGCCUGAGAUUUUCACCAACAGGGAUCCACUAUCUCAAAGACUUCAAAAUGCACUUUCGAUCACAUCUGUGACAACAUAUAAGGAUGGUAAAGAUGAGAUCCUGUUCCACCUGCUGAAGGAAGUGCCGAGCAACUUUGAUUUCUACGACUGCUUAAAGACUUUUACGUUGCAAGUCGACAUCUGGAUCAAACUCCCGUUUGAUGUUCUACCUGAAAACCAUAUCGCGGUAUAUGACAUAAAACAAUAUACCCUGAAGCUCGUGGCUAAAGCUAAUAUUUUCUACUUCCAAAAGUUUAUUCUUUACUUAUUGGAAACCAUGCCAGUUCGUUUGAAACAAAUCCAUGUCAUAAACUGCCCAUCGUUUUACGAGUACCUGUACAACCUAGUCAAACCUACGUUACCCGAAAAUGUUUGCAAUUUGAUCCACUUUCACACAGAUUAUACAGGCCUACACAAGUUUAUAAAUAAAAAAAAUCUGCCAAAGGAAUAUGGAGGUGAUAGCGAGAGUAUGGCACAUCAGAACGAGAGUUGGAUCAACCAUAUUAAUGGAAAUAGAAAAAUGUUCCUGGACGACAGCUUUUGGAAGGCCGAUCUUAGCCAGAAAGUAUCGAACAGUGGCGUAGAUACGUCUAUGAAUGGAUCCUUCAAAACGCUUCAAUUCGAUUGA